AUGGAAAACGAAUCCGUAAAGUCGGAACACAGCGGACGAUCGAGACGUUCACGCAAUCACAACAACAAUAAUAGUUCUGCCACUGGUGGUGGUGGUCUGGGCAAUAGCAGCAGCGGAGGCACUGUAAAUAACGGAUAUCAUCGUGAUCGCACACGGCAUUCCCACCGUAGUGGACAUACCAAAUCCAGUGGUAAACACCAACGCGCCGAUAUGGCUCCAUUUCAGACAAGCGUCAACAUGACAGGUGAAGAAAAUCGCGAUGGACAAGAAAUAAUCGAGGUGCAAAUAUUGCCGCAAGACGAAAAUUGGGGUGAAAACACGACUGCAGUUACUGGUAACACAUCGGAACAAAGCAUCUCAAUGGAAGACAUAAAUAAUGCUUGGCAUCGUGAGAAUGACACAAGUUUUGGGUUUGCUUGUCGCCGACGUUUGGAGUCUGCGUUCUCACUUUUACUUGGAUUUGUAUCAUUCUUCUCGCCAGUCGCAAUGGUGGUAAUGCCGCGCAUGGGUUUCUUUCCCUCUGCCUUCGAUCAUGCUGAACUUACCCAAACUGUUCGCACACAAUUACUAGCAUGUAGUAGUGAAUGUAAGGGACUACUUGUGUCUCUAACAGCCAGACUAAUUUUGUUGGCGAUAGGACUGUGGGCGCUCUUUAUGCGUCGAUCGGCGGCAACAAUGCCGAGAAUUUUUCUGUAUCGUGCCGUUGUGCUACUGCUUGUUACCAUUUGCACAUUUGCCUAUUGGCUCUUCUAUAUGGUGCAGGUUACUAAUGGUGCCAAAGUUGUGGUGGAAACUGGGGGUGAUGCAGUCAAUUACAAAUCACUUGUCGCCUAUGCAACAAAUUUGGUCGACACAUUGCUUUUUAUACACUAUAUCGCCGUAGUCCUACUCGAGCUACGUCAUCAGCAGCCAAUGUACUAUGUAAAAAUUAUUCGUUCUCCAGAUGGGGUAUCGCGCUCUUACAUGCUGGGGCAAUUGAGUAUACAACGCGCAGCUGUCUGGGUGCUUCAACGUUACUACGUGGAUUUUCCGAUUUUUAAUCCGUAUUUAGAACGCAUACCGAUUUCAAAGUCGCAACGAAACAAAAUUUCAACUAGUUUCAAAUACUACGAAGUUGAUGGUGUUAACAAUGCGCAACAGCAAAGUCAAAGUCGUGCUGUAUUAGCAGCAAAUGCGCGACGACGUGACUCAUCGCACAAUGAGCGCUUCUAUGAGGAACACGAAUAUGAGCGCCGAGUGAAAAAGCGACGUGCACGUCUCAUCACUGCUGCUGAGGAAGCAUUUACCCACAUCAAACGCAUACACAAUGAACCUGCACCUGCAGUGCCACUCGAUCCACAAGAAGCAGCGCAAGCGGUAUUUCCAUCUAUGGCGCGUGCUUUGCAAAAAUAUUUACGGGUUACACGGCAACAACCACGACACACAUUCGAAAGCAUACUCAAACACUUGGCGCACUGCCUGAAGCAUGACCUAUCGCCGCGUGCUUUUCUGGAACCAUAUCUAACAGAAGCGCCAGUACUUCAAAGCGAAAAGGAGCGUCGUUGGGUGCAGUCAUGGUCAUUAAUUUGCGAUGAGCUUGUAUCGCGGCCUGUCUCAAACGAAUGUACGUUCCAACUGAUACAAAACGAUGUCUCACUUUUAGUCUCCAUACAUAAGCUACCACAUUUCAAUAUAGCCGAAGAGGUUGUCGACCCCAAAAGCAAUAAAUUUGUGCUGAAAUUGAAUUCAGAAACAUCUGUAUGACAACAAACGACAGCCACCAACAUGACACCAACACCAACUCACAGCAAUGUAACGCAAUCCUCAUAUCUGCACGUGUUUGUAUAGGCGCCACUAUCAACCAUUUCGGUCUAUAUAUACUAUGCACAUACUCGCAUAUACUUUGUCGCAAAUUUUCGGCGUUUGAUGCUCAUGACAAUUCUCGAAAUACUCAUAAAUCCCAGUGUAUCCUAAUUAUUGACACGCACACAUAUCAAAUAAGUAAUAUCAAUGCUGUACUAUGUAUAAUCCUAACUUAAAUAUUUCUGAAGUAUUAGCAGUGACAGCCAAAAGAAAGCAAUGCGAAUCUACAUACAUUUAUGGUUUAAAGUAUUACAUAUAAUAAUUGUUUUAAGUAUGAAGGUUUUAAAAUAAACUUUUAUAAAGAAAAAUUGAUAGCAGUUCAUAGAAUAGAGCAGUACCAGUGCAUAAAAU